AUGGCGCUGGACGCGGGCGACAUGGAAGAUGGGCAGCUCUCCCACUCAGACUCCGACAUGAUGGUCGCACCCAGCGACAGGCCUCUGCCAGUGCCAAAAGUUCUAGUAGGGGGCAGUGCCGUGAGGGGCUUCCAGAGUACCACAGCAGCAUGUGUACCCGCGUCACAUUACCGGACUGUUAAAAGUGUGGAUUCAAGUGAAGAGAGCUUUUCUGAUUCAGAUAAUGAGAGCUCUCUUUGGAAACGCAAGCGACAGAAGUGUUUGAACCUGCCUCCCAAGCCAGAGCCCUUCCAGUUUGACCAGAGUAGUCAGAAGCCCCCCGCUGCCGGAGGAAAGAAGGUUCACAACAUCUGGGGCGCCAUGCUGCAGGAGCAGAACCAGGACGCCGUGGCCACUGAACUGGGGAUCCUGGGAAUGGAGGGCACGAUUGACAGGAGCAGGCAAUCGGAGACCUACAAUUACCUGCUUGCUAAGAAACUCAGGAGGGAAUCUCAAGAGCACUCAAAAGAUUUAGACAAAGAGCUAGACGACUACAUGCAUGGUGGCAAAAUGGUAGGAUCAAAGGAAGAGGAAUAUGGGCAAGGUCAUCUCAAACGGAAACGGCCUGUCAAAGACAGAGUAGGAACCAGACUAGAAAUGAACUAUAAAGGCCGAAACGAGAUCCCAGAGGAAGAUUCUCAGGAGAAGGUGGCCAGUGAAAUUGCUUACAGGUUACAUGAACCAGAGAAAGAUCUGAUAGCCCGAGUAGUGAGGAUAAUGGGAAACAAAAAGGCGAUUGAACUGCUGAUGGAAACUGCUGAAGUUGAACAAAAUGGUGGCCUUUUUAUAGUGAAUGGGAGUCGAAGAAGGACACCAGGUGGAGUUUUUCUGAACCUCCUGAAAAAUACUCCGAGUAUCAGUGAGGAGCAAAUUAAGGACAUUUUCUACAUUGAAAAUCAAAAGGAAUAUGAAAAUAAAAAAGCUGCUAGGAAAAGCAGAAUGCAGAUACUGGGGAAGAAGAUGAAACAGGCCAUCAAAAGUCUGAAUUUCCAGGAGGAAGAUGAUACAUCACGGGACUUUGCAAGUGACACAAAUGAGGCCCUGGCCUCCCUUGACGAGUCCCAGGAAGGACACGGAGAAGCCAAGCUGGACGCAAAGGAAGCCAUCGAGGUUGACCACUCUCAUGACCUGGACAUCUUUUAAGUACAUU